UUUGGACUUCAAGACAAAUUUUGGAACUUCAAGACGAAUCAAAGGGUCUUACCAUCUUCUCAGCCGGCGGAGUCCAAACUCCAGAGUCCAACUCUCUCUCUCUAUCGUCUUAGCUUUAUUAUUCUCCAAAAUGGGGCUAAACGGAAAGCAAACACCAUCCUAUGCCACCACAAAACCCACGAUGAUAUCAGUGGAGGAGGCUCUAGCGACGGUUCUCUCGGUGGCUCAGCGGCUACCACCAAUAAUGGUGCCACUCCACGAUGCUUUGGGUAAGGUCCUGGCCGAGGAUAUUCGUGCGCCUGACCCUUUGCCUCCAUACCCAGCUUCAAUCAAGGAUGGUUAUGCAGUAGUUGCUUCAGAUGGGCCUGGUGAAUAUCCGAUAAUUACUGAAUCAAGAGCUGGGAAUGAUGGGCUUGGUGUGACUGUCACUCCUGGGACUGUUGCUUAUGUAACGACUGGAGGACCGAUACCCGAUGGUGCUGAUGCAGUUGUUCAGGUUGAGGAUACUGAAGUAGUUGAUGAUGGUUCAGUUGAAUCAAAACGAGUAAGAAUAUUGGUGAAGACUAGCAAAGGUGUUGAUAUUCGUCCUGUGGGAUGUGACAUUGAGAAGUAUGCCAUAGUAUUAAAAUCUGGAGAAAGAUUAGGCGCUUCAGAAAUUGGCCUGCUUGCUACUGUUGGUGUUCUGACAGUGAAGGUAUAUCCUACACCAACAAUUGCUGUGCUUUCCACAGGAGAUGAACUUGUGGAACCGACAACUGCUUGUCUAAGUCGUGGCCAGAUUAGGGACUCCAAUCGUGCUAUGUUACUUGCAGCUGCAAUACAGCAACAAUGCAAGGUUCUUGAUCUUGGAAUUGCUAGUGAUGAUAAAGAAGAUCUUGAUAGGACAAUGGACAAAGCCUUUUCUGCUGGUAUUCAUAUUCUUCUAACUUCUGGGGGUGUUUCCAUGGGGGACAAGGAUUUUGUCAAACCAUUGCUUGAAAGGAGAGGGAUGGUACAUUUCAACAAGGUUCUCAUGAAACCAGGGAAACCUUUGACAUUUGCAGAAAUAAAUUCAAAACCAGUAGAGAAUUCUAUGUCAGAAAAAAUUCUUGCAUUUGGAUUGCCUGGAAAUCCAGUGAGCUGUCUUGUUUGUUUCCAUCUCUUUGUAGUCCCUGCCAUCCGCCAUCUUUCUGGAUGGGCAAAUCCUCAUCUUCCGAGAUUGCAGGCUCGUCUUCUCCAGCCCAUAAAAGCAGAUCCAAUCCGACCAGAAUUUCACCGUGCCAUUAUUAGAUGGAAGGCUAAUGAUGGAUCAGGCAAUCCUGGAUUUGUUGCUGAGAGCACUGGUCAUCAGAUGAGCAGCCGGCUUUUAAGUAUGAAAUCAGCUAAUGUUCUGUUGGAGUUGCCAGCAACAGGCAGUGUGAUUCCUGCUGGAACAUUGGUCUCAGCGAUCAUUAUUUCUGAUUUAAGCAGUACUGCUGUUGUUGAAAGUGGCCUAUCUUCAGCUUCAGCUGAUUCAAGGCAAAGAAACACAUUUGGAGAAAUAAGUAAACAUGAGUCUGAGAAUGCUGAGUUCAGGGUAGCAAUCCUAACAGUUAGUGAUACUGUUGCAGCAGGGGCUGGGCCUGAUCGAAGUGGACCUAGAGCAGUAUCAGUUGUAAAUUCGUCAUCAGAGAAGUUAGGAGGGGCAAGAGUAGUUUCAAUGGCUGUUGUCGCAGAUGAUGUAAUCAAAAUCAAAGAUGUUUUGCAGAGAUGGAGUGAUAUCGAUAAAAUGGAUCUCAUCCUUACCCUGGGUGGCACUGGCUUCACCCCAAGAGAUGUGACUCCUGAAGCAACAAAGGAGUUGAUUGAGAGGGAAACACCUGGCCUUUUGUAUGUCAUGAUGCAAGAGAGUUUAAAGGUGACACCAUUUGCUAUGUUGUCACGUGCAGCGGCAGGAAUAAGAGGGUCAACACUGAUUAUCAAUAUGCCUGGAAAUCCUAAUGCGGUUGCAGAAUGCAUGGAGGCUUUGUUGCCUGCCCUUAAGCAUGCAUUAAAGCAGAUAAAAGGAGACAAAAGAGAGAAAAAUCCUCGUCAUGUUCCUCAUGCAGAAGCAUCACCUGAAGAUACAUGGGAACGCAGCUAUAAGUUGGCUUUUGGCAAUGUCCCAGAACAUACUUGUUCUUGUUCUCAUUAGGUAUUGUGGUAAUACAAAUAUGUAAUUUAUGUAUUAUGUGGGUCUCUAUCUAAAAUUUGAUUCUACAUGAAAACGUUUUGUUAGUCAUCUCUCAAAUUACUUGUUCA